CUUGUCAAAGGGCUGCAGCAGGAGCUGAACUUCUGCUCUCGGAAUCCGGAGUUCGAGGAGAAGGGAGGGAAGGUCUCCAUCGUGUCCCACUCGCUGGGCUGCGUGAUCACCUACGACAUAAUGACGGGCUGGAACCCGGUGCGGCUCUACGAGCAGCUGCUGCAGAAGGAGGAGGAAGAGCUCGAAGACCGUUGGAUGAGCUACGAGGAGCAGCGCUUGCUUGAGGAGCUGUAUAUAACUAAACAACGGUUGAGAGAGAUAGAAGAGAGGUUACAUGAGUUAAAGGCAUCCACCGUAUCAAAAACACCUGUCUUAAAGUUUAAGGUUGAGAAUUUCUUCUGUAUGGGAUCUCCGUUAGCAGUGUUUUUGGCAUUGCGUGGCAUCCGUCCGGGAAACAGCGGUAGUCAAGAUCAUAUUCUGCCCAAAACGAUUUGUAACCGCUUACUAAAUAUUUUUCAUCCAACAGAUCCAGUGGCCUACAGACUAGAACCUUUGAUUCUGAAACACUACAGCAACAUCUCGCCGGUCCAGAUCCACUGGUACAACACUGCGAACCCGCUACCUUACGAGCACAUGAAGCCAAGUUUUCUCAACCCCACAAAAGAAGCUACCUCAGUUACCGACAGCGAAAUUGCUUCGACGGUACCGAGCCCAACGACGUCCCCGGUCCUGGUUCGACGCCACUAUGGGGAGUCCAUAACAAACAUAGGCAAAGCCAGUAUAUUAGGAGCCGCGAGCAUCGGCAAGGGCCUCGGCGGGAUGCUCCUCUCCAGGUUCGGGAGGUCGAGCGCAACCACGUCGCAGCCGUCCGAGCCGGGCAAGGACGGAGCAGAGGGGGACGACAAGAAAGCCACGACGGUCGGAACGCCGCCUCUCCCGCACAGCAGCUCAGGAUUUCUCGAUCCCACGGUGGAGCUGGAGCACAGGAUCGAUUUCGAGCUCAGGGAAGGUCUCGUGGAGAGCAGAUACUGGUCUGCAGUCACGUCACACACUGCCUAUUGGUCAUCUCUGGAUAUUGCUCUCUUCCUUCUAACCUUCAUGUACAAACACGACCAGGAGGAUCCUGACAAAUCCAAUUUAGACACUAUUUGAAUUUUUGAUUGGGCAGGGGGAGGGAUAGGGGAAGAAAUUUUAAAACCAGUGGCACAAAACUGAUGUUUUACUGUUGAUCUGCAGUAUAUAAGGCAUGGAGGUUUCAGGUUUAAGUGCAUGUUUGGAUUUUUUCCUGUUUCUAAAGAGCAAAAAUGAUUUGUAUUUCAAAGCACUUUAUGGUUUUAAACGUUUUGCAGUGCUUAAUUAGGCCUGAAUUUAUUCCAAAUUCUCGUUAACUUUGACUGUAUAAAAAGCCAAUACGAUGUGUAGCAUCACGUAUGCACGGUUGUGCAGUGUGCUGGGUGACAUACUUGUUAAUGACCAUAAUUGCUGUUUAGUUCAUUAAAGUAUGACAAUUAGUUAAUUAAAUAACUAAAAUAAUUUCCAUUAACAAAACAUACGUUGGAUACAAACCUAAAACUGCCAUGUUCUGAUGUUUUAUGUAUCAGUAAAUAACAAAUGGUGGUGUCAUUUUUCUAGGAUUUUAUUCAGAUCCACAUCCUAUUAUCCACAAUUCUGUUGCAAGACCAUUCUGACUGCUGGUUUCUGAGGGCCUGUUAUACAUGACACAUUUAGAAACUAAUGCUGAAAAAGCAUGAGGCAAAUAUUUGAAAUACUGUAAUUAUAAUUUAUUAUUAUCUCUAGCUGUUUCAUUUUAUUCCAAUGUAUAAAACAUUACUUUUUUACUGGUUUCUUUUGACAUAAUUUAAGAACCACAUUUAUUUUCUACAGUGUUAAGACUUUUUCUCAGAAAUACAUAUCUUUGUACUAC